AUGCUGGACAACAAUGCAUUGCAGCCAUACGUGGUGUACAUGGGGCGCGCAACAACGGGCGGCGGUGGCAGCAGCGACCCAGAGGCGGUGCGGGCCGCUCACCUGCAGUUGCUGUCGUCCGUAAUCCCCAGCGACGAGCAGCCGGAGAGGCUGUGGCUGCGGCACAGCUACCACCACGCGUUUGAGGGCUUUGCCACCCUGCUCACCCAGGAGGAGGCCACCACUCUCUCAGGGCACGAGAGGGUGGUGUCGGUGUUCCGGGAUCGAGUGCUGCAGCUGCACACUACGAGGUCGUGGGACUUCCUGGACGCGCAGUCUGGGCUCUGGCCCGACCGCCUCAGCCGCCGGGCGUCCGGCGAUGUCAUCAGCGGCGUCGUUGAUACUGGUGUCUGGCCGGAGUCGCCGAGCUUCAACGACGCUGGGAUGCCGGAGGUGCCAUCACGGUGGCGCGGCGUCUACAUGGAAGGCCCGGACUUCAACAAGAGUAACUGCAACAAAGUCAAAAAACGCCUCUCGCACUGGGGCAGCGACAGGAGGCUCGCCACGGGACACCCAUGGGCACGGUACACACACAGCGUCGACGGCAGCCAGCGCAGCCGUGCCCCACGCGAGCUACCACGGUCUCGCCCGGGGCACGGCCAAGGGCGGGGCGGCGGCGAGCCGUGUGGCCGUGUGGCCUGCUCGAGCCACGGGUGCACAAGCUCCGCCAUACUCAAGGCCAUUGACGACGCCGUGAGAGACGGCGUGGACGUCAUAUCUGUCUCCAUCGGCACAGGCGGCGGCCCCCAGCAGGCGAAGUUCCUCGACGACCCCAUCGCUAUCGGCGCCUUCCACGCGCACCAGCACGGCGUGCUGGUUGUCUGCUCUGCCGGCAAUGAAGGGCCUAAGCCCUACACCGUCGUCAACACGGCUCCGUGGAUCCUUACCGUCGCCGCCUCCACCAUGGACCGCGCCUUCCAGUCCGGCGUCGUUCUCGGCAAAGGAACCGUCGUGAAGGGAGUAGCGAUCAACUUUUCGAACCAGUGCCUCAGCGGAGGUCGGUAUCCCCUCGUGUUUGGUCGCCAGGUCGCAGCCAGGCAUACGACCGUGUUCGACGCGAGCAACUGUUACCCAGGAUCGCUGGACGCGCGGAAGGUGGCCGGGAAGAUUGUGGUUUGCAUCGGCACGGACAGAUCUGUGCCGCGGCGGGUGAAGCCAAUCGCCGCCGAGCAGGCAGGCGCGAGGGGCCUGCCUGAUGUGAUGGCGCCUGGAGUUGACAUACUUGCAACUGCGAUCCCGUCCAUGGACAAGGACAAGCAGCAGCCCUCAGCGUUCGCAAUCCAAGUCUGGAACACUUCCAUGGACUGUCCACACGUUGCCGGCGCUGCCGCCUUCCUCAAAUCUGCCCACCCUGGCUGGAGCCCGUCCAUGAUCCGAUCAGCUCUCAUGACAACAGCGACGUCGAGGAACAACCUCGGGGAGCCUCUGGCGAGCAGCGCCGGCACCGUGGCUACAGGCCACGACAUGAGCGCCGGAGAGGUGAGCCCACUACGGGCACUCAGCCCGGGCCUGGUGUUCGACACCACCACAGACGACUACCUCGACUUCCUCUGCUACUACGGCUACGACGACAAGCGCGUCCGCAAGAUCUCCGGCGUCCCACGCUUCGCCUGCCCGGCCGACGCGCCCUCGGAAGACCUUGUUGCCGCGCGCGUCAACUACCCAUCCAUCUCGGUGCGACGGCUCCACGCCGGUAAGGUGGUCACCGUGGCGCUUACCGUUACAAACGUGGGGUCGUCCAAUGACACCACCUACAAGGCCACCGUGGAGACGCCGCUGGGCCUGACGGUGCAUGUGGUGCCGGAGCGUCUCGUGUUCUCACACAGGGGAGCCACUGCCAAGUUCGAGGUGACCUUCCAUGAUGGGAAUAAUGCCGCCGUGAACAAAGGAUACGGACACGGCGCCGUCACCUGGUCAGAUGGUGCGCACUCGGUUCGCGUACCUUUCGCUGUUCAUGCGGUAUGA